AUGGAUCGGCUGGGGCACAUGUCAACCUCAUCUUUCAACUUCCUCGAAGAACUUCCCGAUGUCAUCUUCUAUGCGGUGUUGGAGAGACUGCCUGGACGGGUCAUCGAAAACACUGUUCGACUAAUCUCAAAGGAUUUCUACAGAAAGGUCGAGAUGCGCAGAGGGAGACUUCCUCGUGUUUAUAUCGAUCAACUUAUUAUUCGCGCAGGGAACAGGUUUGGGUAUAGAAGAGAGCCUAGCGAGAGAGCAAGGCGUUACCUUGAAUUUGAUUAUCAAGAAACGACCGAUCCGGCUGACUUGGUUCAACAUUUGAAUCAUUUGAAAGAGCGUGCAACCUUCAAGACCCUCGAGUUGGAUAAUGUCAAUUGGGCUUGUGCUGCAAAUUGCAAGUUGCAAAUCGAAUGCGAAGAAUUGUCUUGUUGUGUCAAUUUAACGACUCUUUCUCCGGAAAGAUUCAUGGAUAUUUUUUGCAGUAUAAGACCAACACGGAAGCUAACGAUUGGGGCGGACAACGACAUUUUUCCUGUGACGAGUGAGUUUUUCACCAACAAUUAUGCGACUCGAUUGCAAGAAGUUUCGUUGUUCGGUUACGGGAAUGCCAUGGUUGAUCCAUUAAAUGACACGAUCUUGUUGUAUUCAAAUCUUUCCAUGUUGCCUCACUUUUUGCCCAUCAUUAUUUUACACAUGUCAACCUCAUCUUUCAACUUCCUCGAAGAACUUCCCGAUGUCGUCUUCUAUGCGGUGUUGGAGAGACUGCCUGGACGGGUCAUCGAAAACACUGUUCGACUAAUCUCAAGGGAUUGCUACAGAAAGGUCGAGUUGCGCAGAGGGAGACUUCCUCGUGUUUAUCUCGAUCACCUUAUUAUUCGCGCAGGGAACAGGUUUGGUAUAAGACCAACACGCAAGCUAACGAUUGGGGCGAAUGGGGACAACAAAAUUUUUCCUGUGACGAGUGACUUUUUCACCAACAAUCAUUCGAUUCGAUUGCAAGAAGUUUCGUUUUUCGGUUACGGGAAUGCCAUGGUUGAUCCAUUAAAGGACACGAUCUUGUUCUAUUCAAAUCUUUCGUUUUUUGACACUGAUUUUCUAACAAGUCCCGGGUGCACUCUUGAUGGGAUUCUAACGAUGCUCCGAGACUGGUACACUUCAGAGCGUCGAAUUGAUUAUAUUAACCUUCGAGCACGUGGCGAACAUCAAAAUUUCUGGCGCAAUUUACGUCCAUUGCUAGUUCGUAAAAGGUUCCACUGCGAGGAUUACAUCGAAUCUAUCCGCGCUUUGGAAAGAGCGAAUGGGGAGGUCAUUAAGCUUGAUGUUUGCAUUGAUCAUCUUGGCUAUCUUUGUAUCGAAAUGAUUCGACUAGUGUCCGGCCCGAAAGCGGACUUAUAUAGGCGGUAUGAUGACGCUGGUGGUCAUGACGAUGAUGACGAUGAUGACGUGGAUUAUGACCUGGUUUUUGACGUGAAUUAUUACGUGGAU